AUGGACAUAACCCCAAGCUUAACUGCAGAAAAAGAACCCUUACUUAGCAAGAAGGCUUCAGUUUUUGAUGGUUUACAGAAUUAUAGACGAAGCUUUAGUGAACUAUUAAAGUCCCCAAUAGAUAUUUGGUACCUUUAUGCUUAUGAGCUUAUAGCAUACUGCUCUGCAACAAUGGUUGUCCUUAGCAUGUCACUAUAUUUUACAGAAAUCCUGAAAUUCAGUGACAUUAUGACUGGAAUUCUGAUUGCAGGGUUCGGAGUUUCCGGAGUUUUGGUUUCAAUUGGGUUUGGCCACUAUAUUGAUAGGCACGGAAUUAAAAAAUCCUUGUUUUUAUCCAACGUCUUUGGGAUCCUAAACUUCGUGCUGCUAUAUUUAUUUAAUAAUUCUUUAUUUUAUUGUGCAUAUGCUCCAUCUAGCUAG